UCCCGAGGUUUUUUAUCUCUUUUUUUUUCGUUUUGGGAGUAAGCCGUUCGUUACUCGAAACGUAAUAUCUACACUUAAGUUGGGACAAAAGCUCCGAUUUCGAUGGGAACAACACUUUGUUUUUCCCAACCGCGCUCAAGUCGAUUCGCGCAUCUUUAAAACCUCAAAGCAAAAAAAAAAACUCCGCGAUGUCGAGCGAUCUCCUGAAAACCCUGGAGGACCUGAGUCUGGACUCCGGCUACGUGGCUGGUGAUUCGUGCGGGUCCCUUAGUCUCUCAUCCGACAGGUCGAGGCGGUCUCCGUCCAACGCGAACUCCCCUCGUCGGGCACCCCUCACCGGCUCUCUGAGCAGCAGCAGCAGCUGGGACACGGCGAGCUCGGCGCCGGAGGACCCAGCGGACGCGCUGGCCGAGUGUCCGUGUCUGCCAGAGGUGGAGGAGUACCCCUGGACGGAGCCGGAGCUGUGGGACGUCCUGCGUAAAGUCACCGGUCCGUCCGCAUCCUUCACCCGCGGCGCCGUCCGCCGCCUGUCAGCGCUGCUGCGGCGGGCGCUGCUGCGAGUCUGCCGCGAGGCGCGGAGGCUGAGCCGCCUCCACCGGCGGUGCGCACGCACAGAGGUGCACAGCGCCGUGAGGCUCGCGCUGAGCCGCGCGCUGGCGGAGCGGUGCGCAUCCGCCGCCGUCGGGGCGAUCUCCCUGCACUGCAUGAGCACCGGGACCAGACCGGGUCAACGGGGCAAGUCCGCUCGCUGCGGCCUGCGGCUCUCCGUGGGACGCUUCUUCAGGUGGAUGGUGGACGCCGGCGUGUCCGUGCGCAUUCACGAACACGCCGCCAUCUGCCUGGCCGCCUGCGUGGAGAGCCUGGCCGAGGAGGUGGGUGUGCGGGCUGUGGCGGCGCAGGUGAGGCGGGGCGGCACGGCCACCUGCGGCCCCGUCGACGCGGAUCUCCUGGAGGCGGCCGUCAACGACGACGCUGAGCUGUGGGGGCUGCUGCAGAUCUACGAGCCUCUGUUGUGUGGCAGAGAUGCCAGUGGUGAGUUAUCUCUACCAGCCUGCAUCAGUCCUUACACCAAGGUUCCCGAGGAAUCAGCGGCAAGCAGGGAGGAUGCUUACAUGGAGCUGGAGUUACGUGCCCUGGAACAGGCCCUACUGGCCACCUCUGUGGGCAGCAUCUCAGAGCUCAGUGAUCUGGUUUUCCGGGCGAUGCGUCACAUGCAGCAUCUGCACAGUAAAAGCUCCACCCUCAGCCCACCUAGAACAACAACUCCACCGUCUGUAUCCUGGGCCCCAGACGCCCUCCGCACACUCUACUACUUCCUGUCCAGCCCGCAGAUGGAAUCCCUAGAAAACUUCAACCUGGAGCUGCCUGCAAUGACCCUCAGCAGAGAAAAGCCCUUUAUGCUCCUUCCACCUCUCAUGGAGUGGAUCAGAAUUGCGGUGGUGCAUGCAGAACAUCGCCGCAGCCUGUUGGUGGACAGCGAUGACGUUAGACAGACGGCCAGACAGCUCCUCCCAGGGUUGGACUGUGAACCCAGACAGCUAAAGCCCGAGUGCUGUUUUCACUCAUUCAGGUCUCUGGAUGCAAAGGCUGCUUCAGCUAAGUUCCAGCUGGACCUGGCUUUCAGGAUGCUCUUGUGUGGUCGGGCAGACCUGCUCCCCCAGGCCAUGCAGCUUCUGGGACCCAAAGGACUCAACACCAUGGACGACCAGGGAAUGACUCCUUUGAUUUACGCCUCUGCAGCCGGGGAUGAGGCGCUGGUCCAGAUGCUUAUAGAUGCAGGUGCUGACCUGAACAUACAGGUACCAGGCUACUCUUCUAAACAUCCCUCCACCUACCCUGGUAGUCGUCGCUGGGUGGCCCUCACAUUUGCAGUGCUGCAAGGUCACCUCUCAGUGGCUCAGCUGCUGCUGGAGGCCGGGGCAGACGUGGAGGGAGGCGCCAUGACUGACGGUCAGGGGAGCUGUGCAGAAACUCCCCUUCAGCUGGCAUCUGCUGCAGGUUACUAUGAGAUGGUGAGCCUGCUGCUAGACCAUGGAGCAGAUCCCCUGCUCAGAGUGCAUCAAGGGCAUUCUCUUACAUCCCCGCUGUACGAGGAUAUGAACUGCUUCAGCUACGCUGCAUCACACGGACACAGGAACACCUUAAGGAGGCUGCUGCUGCAGCCUCAGCAGAAGAAGGAGGACAUCCUCUCUCUGGAGGAGAUCCUAGCUGAAGGAGUGCAAAGACAGCCAGAGGAGGAUAACGCUCCUGGCAGUCCUGGAUCUUUCCCCCAAGGCUCUGUCACCAGGCCAUGUAAGGCCAGAAUGAGGGCUCUCCAGCAGGCAGCCUACUUCAGUGCAGAGCAUGGCUACCUGGAUGUCACCAUGGAGCUCAGGGCGAUAGGUGUUCCAUGGAGGCUCCAUGUGUGGCUGGAGUCUCUCCAGAGAGCCCAGCAGCUGUCCAGGGAUGAUGUCACCCUGUCCCUCCUCACAGAGUUUCACUCCAUCCAGACAGAUGAGUACAGCCAGGAGCUGGUCUCCACAGGCAUACCGUUCAUGUUCAGCUUGCUCCUAACCAGCAAGGAUUAUGUGAUAACCAAAAGACUGGCGUCUGUGUUUUCUCACUGCUACGGCUGUGCCCCUGUUCCUCCUGUCCCAGCCAUGGACAUCACUCUGUCCACACAGCUGGAUGUUCAUUUCCUGAACAAUAAGGAGAUGUCCGAUGUGACAUUUAUGGUGGAGGGGCGUCCGUUCUUUGCUCACCGAGUCCUCUUGAUGUCGGCCUCUGAGAGGUUUCGGGGCCUGCUCAGUGAAUCUUCUGACAACGACAUCAUCCACAUCAGUCACAUGAAUUACAACACAUUUCAGAUGAUGAUGAAAUCUCUGUACUGUGGGGGGACAGAGGGGAUGACCAUAUCCUACUCUGAUGCCAUGAAGCUCCUGCCAGUGGCCAGCUUCUUCCAACUAAAGGGCCUAGAAAGGUGCUGCGAGAUCCAACUCUCACACAGUCUAACUCUGGACAACGCUGUUAACAUCUACCACACCGCUAAGCUGCAUGGGGCACCAGAGCUGAGGCGGUUCUGCGAAGGAUUCUUCCUUCAGAAGAUGGAACAGCUCCUAGAGAGAGAGGACUUCCACCGGCUGCUCCUAGGAGGUCUCAGUCGGGACCUUCUCUCCCCAGCGACAGACAUCUAUGGUGGGCCCUGGCAGGACGGACUCUCCCCCGUCCUCCUCAACGACCUGGAAGUCACUCUGGUCUGCAGACUGUAUACCCUCUACCCCACUUGUAGAGAGUAAAAUCACACCAGUUUUACCAUUCUAAUACACUGGCAUUGGGAUUAAAAUGCAUGGGAAUAUCAGCCAUACGCAGUAGCUUCACCUUACUCAAAUUAGUGAGAUGAUGUCAGCACCGACUGGGAGAAGAAAGGCUUGUGUAAAUCCUUCCAAAUGUCACUUGUUACAUGUGGGAAAUUAAUUCUGGGUAUGUAAGAUACAUGUACAUAUUUUCUUGCGAAUAAAUGUACUUUCC